AUGGGGGACUACUACCAUCAUUUUCUCACCUCCAUGACGGGGGUGACUGCCAGCCAAAGCACGAGUCCUCAUGAGUUACAUCCACCUCAGUUUCCGGGUUCCCAAAUGGCCAUGAUGGGGGGUGCCAUGCCUGGAUCCUAUCCCAAUCUAGGAUAUUUCACUGGCUUCCCCGACCCUGUCGGACUCACUGCUCCCAAAUCAUCGAGAAAUCGAAGGAAGUCGGCCCAGGGCCUGGAUCACGUCAAGCACCGCCGCACAAGGUCUGGGUGCUACAUGUGCAGGAGUAGGAGAGUCAAGUGCGAUGAAACACGUCCAAUCUGUGAUAGAUGCCGGAAAGGCAGUCGCGAAUGCAUUUACCCGGAAGCUUCGGCACCCAAAGGCUCGUCAUCCCAGUCCACGACCCCCAAAGACGGAUCGGCUACACAAGAGGCCAGCCCGGAUUCUUCCAUCGAUGUGGAGGACAGAGAAGAGGACGCUGAGCCUCCCGGCUUAGACACCAUCCCAGACGAGGACGAAGGGGAUGAGGCAUCUUAUGAGCAGCAGCAUUCCGGGUCUAUUAAGAACAGCACAGCUUCGCCCGUCUCGCCUUCUGCGUCCACGAGUAGUCAAGCAACUACGGCGUAUGCGAUGCCAGACCUCGCCAUUCUUUCCCUGAGCAGCCACGCCGACUGGUCACAUCUACCCGCCGACUUGCGUCAGCAUCUGGAAUACUUUUGCGAGAACGUCACGCAUUAUCAUUACUGUAUGCUUACCGACGCCCAUGACUUUAUCCGUGUAAUUCUGCCAAACUUUGCACUCCAGAACGAAGCUUUGCUGUAUGCAAUCGUCGGGUUUGCCGCGUAUCAACGCACGUUGCAGGAUCCCAACGGCAAGAUGGAGGAGUUUUUGAAGUAUUACAACAAGAGUGUUAUCCUCUUGUUGAACUCGCUUAAGAGAAAGGAGAAGCACAAUGUCGGGAUGCUUCUGACGGUCCUGCAGCUCGCCACGGUCGAGGAAUACUUGGGUGACUGGAUCAACCUCAUGGGGCAUCAAAAGGCCGCAUUCGAGAUGCUGACUCACCUGUUCACCCCGGAGACGGCUCCUCAGAGUGCUCUUGGAAGAAUGGUUUUGUCUUGGUACGGACGUUUCGACAUCUUUAUCGCCUUGAUGGGUGGGUUUCCUACAAUGCUAGCUCCAGAAUGGUUCACGACCUUUGUCGAAUACUGCGAUCAGCAGGCUAUCUUGGAUGAGGCAGGUAGUCGAGAGUGGAAGUAUGAGGCGGAGGGCGGCCGUCUAAGGGUGAUCUCGAGAGAAAUGUCGACUCUGUUUGCGCGAGGCAGCAGGGGCCAGAUCUCACCAGAAGACUUCGCAAUCGAACACGAACGAAUCCAGAAUUCGCUUCAAGACUGGAAAGACGGCUGGGACCAUGCACUCACCGACCCUUCCCACUUCGUCACGGACUUCAGCCACGCACGAGCCCUGAAUGACGACGACAUUGUAGACCCAUUUGCCCCGGGGGUUUUAUACGACUUCCCAGCUUUUCCUACGACAUUGCUCACCGGCGAGUUCAAUUCCACGAUGAUGAUGCACAAAUGCCAGUCAUCAACAACAGACAGAGGGCGGCUAUAUGGCGAGUUGAGAGGCCAUGCAUUCGCCAUCUGCCAGAUCUUCGAAGCUGUGGAAGAGUGGCCGUCAAGUCCAAAGGGCAGCCUCAUCAUGAUCCAGGCCUGCGUUGCGAUCUCGGCACUGUUCCUGCCACAGGACACCAAGCAUCACAACUGGGUUAGAAGGAAAUUCGCGUUGUUAGAGACCAUGGGGUAUAUACACCCGCUUACACUCCGUACCAAGAUGGCCGAGAUGUUUUCUGAGCCAUCUUGUGCACGUUGGUGGCUGCCCAACGACGAGGGUUACAGCCGGAUUCUACAGGACGUCCGGGCCUUCGCCGACGAACGCAACGCCAACGCUGUCUCUGCCCAGGCAGAGAACCUACGAGAAGUCCGUCACAUCUUUGCCAAGAUGCAAAUGGCAGAGGAGAACACGGCUCGGGCUGGGUAG